AUGGAAGAGGAUUUGAGGGUGCUGGGGGCUCGGCGACGCUGCCCCCUAACGCCCCUUUCUCUCCUAGCCCUGGCGCCUGCUCCUCUGCUGGGUUCAUCACCGUCAGAUUACUGCAGGAGUUACAAAACAGCCGUUCGCCAGGUGUUCAGCCGUAUAAAGGACCAAAACGCCCGGGUGGGUGAUGAUGUGAGCCUGAAUGCCAGGUACUCGAAGCUGGUGAUUGUCAACAAGCACCGCGACGAAGAGCAACGGGAGCACGAGAUCGCAGCCAGGGGGCAGAGGCAUGCAGAGGUCAUGAAGGAGCAAGCCAGCUCCUCCAUUGCCCUUGGCGACCUCUUCAAGCCCGGCCCCGAUGGCUGGACCCCCAAGGUGGUCGUGCUCCUGGGAGCCGCAGGUGUGGGCAAGACGAUGACAGCCAGGAAGAUCAUGCUGGACUGGGCAUCCGACAAGGUGUUUGCGGAGUUCGACUACGUCUUCUACAUCCACUGCCGGGAGGGCAACCUGCUCACCAGCCGGGCCAGCAUGGCCGACCUCAUCGCCCAGUGCUGCCCCAGCAGCUGUCCCCCACUCACUGAGAUGCUGGGGCAGCCCGAGAAGCUCUUGUUUGUCAUGGACGGCUUCGAUGAGCUCCGCUUUUCCUUCGACCUGCCCAGCUCCGAGCUGUGCUCCCAGCCCUGGGAGCAGAGGCCGGUGGAAAUCAUCCUGAGCAGCCUCUUCCGCAGGAGGCUCCUGCCCGAGAGCUCCUUGGGUCUCACCCAAAGCCCGAAGACAACGACGGGGAUCUACAUCCUCUACCUUUCCGCCCUGCUGCGGUCACUGGGCGGCCAUCUGAAGCAGGGCAUGCCCAGGGUGCUCAGGAGGCUGUGCUGCCUGGCAGCCGACGGCGUCUGGAAGCAGAAGGUCCUCUUCGAGGAGAAGGAGGAAUAG